AUGGACGACUUCGUGGAGAAGUUUCGCGAAAGAGAGAGGAGGUUUUCCGACCCGCACCUGCGGAACCGAGCCCUUGCUGGUAAAGACGAGAGCUUGGACGAGUGGGCCUCCCGGCUAUGGAAUCGGCUGGACCGGGAUAGAAAUGGCUUCAUCAGCAGCAGAGAGCUGGACUGCCAGGAGUUCCACAGCAUCGUUCGUGCAGCAGUGGCCCCCAUUACAGGGACUUCCACUGGCGGGGCGACCUAUACGCGAAAGCAGGUGAAUAUUGAUGCUGCCAUCCAGCUGUGCCUGCGCAAGGCAGAUCUGAACAACGAUGCGAUUUUGUCAUUUCGCGAGUUCCGGUCUCUGAUGCGGUGCCUACGCAGACCCCACAUGGCUCGGCACACUGCAAACCUGGUCUUUGCGUUGUUCGACUUGGAUGGCAACGGCUAUAUAGGUCGGGAUGAGUUUCACGAACUCUUCGGAUUUCUGCUUGGCCGCAACCCGCGCACGGAAGAGUUCGAGCAGGAGUGGGAUCGCCUCGUGGCUCCAGCUGCCGGCUCGGUCAACCAAGUCGAGUACGUCGACCAACGUACGUACAUCCGCUGGCUGCAGUUGUCCGACGAUCCGAACAUCCGACAGCAAGCGCCAGACUGCGCAGCCAAUCUUGCAGCUCCGCCAGCAAGUCUCCCUGGCAGCCCCUCCAGCUUUGGGACAAUGACCGUGGACCUCUCUGCCACUUUUCCGAGACCCUCCAUGCGAGCACGGCCGAAAUGGAACCAACGGUUCAACUGCUCGAUCAACCCCGGGCACGUCAACGACCAUCGCCCGGCCGGGAUGAGGCAGUACUUCCAGCGGGAGCAGUCCAUGCCGGAGCUUAUUCGAUUCUGGGAAGGGCAUGCCGGCUCGACGUUCCGGAAGCACCUGGACGCCAUGAAGUCCCCAGCUGCCACGGCCCCACCGUGCAAGCUCUUCCCGAAGACUCUGUCGACAGAGGGAGGCAGUCCCAUGACGCUUCCACAACGGCACUCUCCCGGAGGGUCGAUGCGCGAUUUGCUCACUGGGGAGGUUGUCGCCUGGCAGGACUACUGGACACCACCGGCUCGGUAUAGGCGGCCCUUUCACAAACAAGACCGCCCAUUGCUGCCCUUCGAAACCUUCGGCGAUGUGGUGGACUCGAGCAAAAUCGACUCGUCGCCCUCCACGCUUCGGCGCCACAACAAGAUGCUGGCUGCGCGCAUCAAGAGGCGAGAGAAACUCGGUGGUCCCCAGAGGCAGUGCCUACUGGAAGCAGAACCUUGGUAG